UUCCGCCCCCGCGCAUGGGGAGGCAGGCUCGGACCGGCCCGGGGAGCUGCAGCCGCCCUUCGCACCCUCUUCGCCCUCCCCACCGACAUCAUGCUCCAGUUCCUGCUUGGAUUUACUUUGGGCAACGUGGUUGGAAUGUAUCUGGCUCAGAACUAUGACAUACCAAACCUGGCUAAAAAACCUGAAGAAAUUAAAAAGGACUUGGAUGCCAAGAAGAAACCCCCUAGUUCAUGAGGCUGCCUCCAGCACUGCCUUCGGGAUACACUGAUGCUACUGCUCUUGAGGGCCUCCUUUACCAUCUGAACCAAAAGCCUUUGUUUUCAUCUUCAGCCUCAGUGUUCCUCUUCUUUGCUAGACCCUGUGUUUUUUGCAAGCAAAAUGGGGCCCCAAUUUGAGAACUACCCUAAAUUUCCAACAUACCCACCUCUUCCCGUAUUCCCUUUCCAACUGCACGGGAGGUCCUAAGACUGGAAUUAUGGUGCUAGAUUAGUAAACAUGACAUUUAAUGAG